AACCUAUUUAAAGAUUUCCAAACCAGAAAACACAAACUUCCUUCUUUUGAUCACACAAUUUUAUUCUCAUUUUUCUCUCUUUUCUCCGCACUUCGCCGGCUAUGGAGGAUCCUACGAUUCCAAUUCAACCUCCUCGCAAAUCCAAGAAGAGAAUGUUUGCUGGGAGUAGUAGUAACAGUAGUUUGUCGUUUAAAGACCCUGAUGUAAUUGAAAUUCCGCGUCCUUCUACCUGGAAAUCGAAGCCUAGAAAGCAAAAUUCGAUUGUUGGUCAUGAGAUCAUCGUUGUUGAUGACGAAGAUCCUGCUGAUGCUGUAAUCAUUGGUGAGAAAGCUGCCUCUAAUGGUAAAGGAAAGAAACCUAUGCUUACUGGACAUGAGGUGAUCACCCUCGAGGAUGAGUUUGAUGGAUUUGAUUUUGGUGAUGUAUCCUAUGAUGAUCAGUAUGCUAUGCUGCAAUCUCAUGUUGAUAGUGUUGGAUUUGAUCUUGUUGAUGUAUCCUAUGAUGAUCAGUAUGCUAUGCUGCAAUCUCAUGUUGAUAGUGUAGACAUUCCAUCUAGAACAGAGGCAUUUGCCCAUUGGAAGCCAGCUUCAGCCGCAAUUGAGAAACAUGCAAAACCUGCGAGCAGUUCUUCUUUAUAUGGCUCACACACUUACUCUAAAUUACAAUAUAGUGGUUCCAAGGUGGAUCACUUCAAUUCAACGAGUUCUCAUAAACCUCACCAAAUUAAUGACUAUUUGUCCGUGUAUCCUCGUCAUGAAUCAAAGCGUUCUUCCUCCAGUCUUCCAACUUCUCAGAAGCAUGCCCAAACUAGUGGCAAUGUUCUACCAGUGCCUCAAUAUCUAUUACCUGUGAAUUCAGCUACUUUGAAUUUUCCGCAUAUGCCCUACUCUUAUGGAAGUGCAUAUGCCCAACCGUCACAACAUUCCAUCCAUGGAAUUCAAGAUCCUAUUUUAACUAGUGCAUUAUUUACUAACAACAAUUCAGGGCUCGAGGGAAUAUGUGCAGACAUAUCACCACCCUCUUCUGAUGGGCAAGGCAAUUCUAGUGAAAAUUCUAUUUUGAAGAAGCUGGAACAGUUUAAGAAAUUUGACACCCUAGAGGAUCACGUAGGUCAUUUUUAUGAAAUGAAAAAUGUUUCUUUGAAACCGUCCAAAAGCUGGGUAAAUAAAAUUGCGGAUGAGUGGAGGAUGCUGGAAAAAGAUUUGCCAGAUACAAUAUUUGUUAGGGUUUAUGAGGCUAGGAUGGAUCUAUUAAGGGCUGUCAUUGUGGGAGCAGAUGGAACACCCUAUCAUGAUGGCCUCUUCUUCUUUGAUGUUCAUUUCUCUUCCACCUAUCCAAAUAAGCCACCACAUGUAAAUUAUCAUGCACAUGGCCUUCGAAUGAACCCUAAUCUAUAUAAUUGUGGCAAAGUAUGCUUAAGUCUUCUGGGAACUUGGAGUGGUUCAAGAGAUGAGAAUUGGCGACCUAACAAAUCAAAUAUGCUACAAGUCCUUGUCUCAAUACAAGGGCUUAUCUUAAAUGAAGAACCGUAUUAUAAUGAGCCUGGUUUUGCACAUUCCAAAAAUACCUCUCAUGGCAUCCAAAGGUCCAAGGAUUACAGUGAAAAUGUAUUUCUUCUAUCGCUGAAAACGAUGCUUUACACAUUAAGGAACCCACCAAAGUAUUUUGAGGACUUAGUUUAUGGGCAUUUCUACCAGCGUGCUCAUGAUAUACUGGCAGCAUGUAGAGCGUACCUGGAUGGUGUUGAAGUUGGGAGUUUUGUCAAAGGUAAAACCCAAGCUACCCAGGGGAAGAAAAAGACUUGCUCUCAAUCAAUCAAGAUGAGUUUGCCAGGCCACAUCAAAUCACUCGUGGAGGCUUUUACCAAAAUUGGUGUCAAGGGAUGCGAGAAAUAUUUAGUCCCUGGGGACAAAGGCACUAAGAGAUAACCGACCAGAUGUAGCCGACUCCCCCCUGGAUGGGCAAAUGUUGACACUCGGAACAUUUCUAUGGGAGCUGAGCUGCAAUUCUGGCAACCCUUAUAUUUGGAAAUUGGAAGUUGGGAUCAGGGAACCUCGGUAUAUAUUCUCACUAAUGCUAAUUAGUUUUGCCUUUUUGUCACUGUAUAUAGGUGUAGUUGAUGUUGGGGAUAGCGUUAGAUCAGAAUAUGGCUUUUAGAGUACAGCUUAUUAAUCGACAUGCUUCUUCUUUUGGUCAGAACUUAGUUAUCAAUAAUUUAGUCAGUUAGCUGCUCUCUAACACUGAAAAGAUUAAGCAGAAGAAUUAGAGAAUCAGAGAUGUUAUUUUGUGUAGCAUUUCCUUUUCUAUGUUAUUGGUUUGGUGUUCUGUGAGAUCUAGUUUCUUGCAGUAAAAGAGUCCUAGUGAUCAUUGGAGCUGGAAAGUAAGUUUUUCUGCUUCUGAGAGUCGCAAUCUGAAACAAGCUGAUUUCAAUUGCUGAAUUUGUUAAUGUUUCUAGUGAUGAAAUCCAAUUUUAAUCUGAUCUGUAUUUCA